UCGUGCUUGCUCGGCUGCUCUCGCUGCCGCAGUGGCGUCUUACUGCAGUUGUUACUGUCCUAUCAUUAUUUCUCGAUUUUUUUUGUUCGAUAUACGAUUUCUUUGUGUGACAGACGGCAGUGCUGCAGCUGCACUGCUACGUGCCUGCGUAGUGCGUGUGAACGUGAACAUUGUUCUUCAUCGGCCAGUGGCCACACGCUUUAGCGACCGGACGGGAUACGUUGAACCUGUUGGAAGACGACGACAUGAGCAUUGCAAUCUUCGUGGCGUUGCAGUCGUCGUCCGUACAGAACGUCGUAUCUGCGACUUGCAUCUGGGCCAGUGUACUCGGUAGUCAGUAAUCAAUUGGAGACCUACGAAUAAACAGCCCAGCCAUGCAAGAAAAAUUGCCCAUAUCUGACCCUACAGAUGUGCAAGUAGUUUCACAAUAUCCAAAAAUGAAGAAUGAUGAAGGAUUUUCUAGGAACACAAGUUUUUCCUCUAUGAAUUUUGACAUUUGCAGAAUAUGUCACUGUGAAGGCGACAUUGACACACCUUUGAUAGCACCAUGUUACUGUGCUGGUUCAUUACGAUUUGUGCAUCAAGUGUGUUUACAACAGUGGAUUAAAUCAUCAAAUAUACGAUGCUGUGAAUUAUGUAAAUUUCAGUUCAUUAUGCAAACCAAAACCAAACCAUUCAGUCAAUGGGAGCAUUUAGAAAUGUCUGGUAUGGAGCGUAAAAAGUUGGUAUGCGCAAUGCUGUUUCAUAUAAUUGCUAUGACAUGUGUUUGUUGGUCCCUCUAUGUACUUAUGGAUCGAACGUUGGAAGAAGUUGAACGUGGACAGUUGGACUGGCCAUUUUGGACAAAACUGAUUGUUGUCGGUAUUGGCUUUACAGGUGGUGUUGUUUUCAUGUACAUACAGUGCAAGUCAUAUUUUAUGCUUUGCCAAAGAUGGAAAGCAUAUAAUAGGGUAAUAUAUGUACAAAAUGCCCCAGAAAAACCACGAAAAAAUCAAACUAUACUCAUUGAUGUUGCUGAAAGUAGCUCAGUUGAAACUAAUGCGGCUACAUCAGUUGUGCCUUUUAAACCACCUAUUGAACAAAAUGAUGAAACCAGUAUUGAUCUCAAAGGUGUACGUAAUGUUCAUAUAUUUUUUAAUAAUGAAGAUAAUCCCAUUAGAUUUCAAGAGGUCGAUAAUCGAGAACAAGAAGUUGUUGAAAAACCAAUUUCAAGUGACACUGGAACCUCGUGGCAUAUACAAAUAGGAAAAACUCAAGGAGAAAAUCCUGAAGGUGAAUGUAACCAAGCAGCUGUAUGUCAAAGCAAUCAGUCAGACCCAUCUUUUUUGAAAUUACAAAUUAAAACAGCAGAAAUAGUUAUCAAAUUUGGACAAAAUGAAACUAUUCCUAAUGAAAAUGAAUUUGACAACAAAAACGUUAACAUUCAAAUUGAAGAAUCAAAAUCUAAAAAUGACGUGCCGGAUAUUGCAAAUCCAGUUCAAAUACGAUUGGAUUUUGGAAGGGACAAGAACUAUGAAGACAUGGAAGAAGCCCACGGGUCUCCUUCCCAAUCGCCAUUAUUAUCAUCUAGAAGACUCUCUAACUAUAGAGAUGAUAAAUAAUAACUGAAUAUACUUAUUAUAAGCUAAUCUGUGAUUUUACAGAAAAUAAAACAUCAUAGAAUU